AUAAGAGGUUUAAAAGACUUCUCUUUCCAAACCAACAUCUUUCUCUCCAUUUGAAACACACCCAGAAACCAUGAUUUCAUUGAAAGCCAUACAGACAUGCUUCAUUACCACAAAACAUGAGAUUUUCCACAAAACAGAUUUCUCCACCAAGAAUCACCACCACUCAAGGCUAUUUCUCUGUAAGUCGAAAGAUUCCGACACCAAUUCACCAUCAUCAUCACCGCCACCAUCAGAAGGUGAUGAACGGAAGCAGGACCUCCUUGCAAGGAUUGCCAUGCUUCAAGCCCAAAAAGUCCGUCUCACAGAUUAUCUGGAUGAACGAUCUGCUUAUCUUACCCAAUUUGCUGAAGAAGCCAAUGUCGAGUUUGACCAAGUUGGCGAAAACGCCCUUAAAGAAUUAGAGGAAGCCAGUGCCAGGAUAAUGGGGAACAUAGAAAGCCAAAUGCAAGCUUUUGAAGAAUCGGCAGAAUCAAGCAAGAUGGAGAUAGAGGAGAACCAAAAGAAGUUGGACGAGUUUGAAAAUCGGUUUGCGAAUGAAAGAAACGAAGGGCUAUUCUUCCAGAGCUUGGGGGAGAGUAAGCCCGUUGAUAAAUCAAUAGCAAAAGCAGCAGCCCAGAAGAUGAACGAGUUGAACAAACAAACUGCAGGAACAGAAACUAGGAGGAACAUUUACCUUGCGUUGAUCGGCUUGGUUAGCAUCUCCAUAGUCGAGUCCUUGAUCUCUCCGUCAUUUGAUUGGAGAAAAGGCGUGGUUCUUGGGCUGAUUUUGGUCGGGUUGCUUACACAAUUGACCUACGAGCAGAAGAUGUUAUCUGAAACACAGAGCACAGAAAGUGAGAAAAACCAGAAAAAGAAAGAGUGAAGUGCUUUUCUUAUAAUUCUAGUUGUUGGAUGUUAAUUUACUAGCAACUUUCAACAAGUAUACAUAUUGCAUGGUGAAUAACCCAAAGUAUGAUCUCAACUCUUCGGACUGAUAUGUCAUGCUACUAGCUUUUGCAUCAUUGUACUUCUGGUGAUAUAUGUAGAAUCACCAAAAUGCCACUUGAAAUUGAUGAUGCUAGUAUAGAAAGAUAAAGAAACCAAGGUUUGAACAAUGUAUAGCUCAAAAAGGUUUAACAUUUUCUUCAAUGGUACAAGGAAAACACAAAAUAAAUGUUUGACUUCUUUGUUUUC